UUUAUCAGAUAAAAGAUGGCGACUCCUCUGCGGUCAGAUUCGUUGUCGUUAGAAAUUAAGACAAAAUCUGUAGAGCAGACGCUUAUUCCACUUGUAACUCAGAUCACAACAUUGGUAAACCACAAAGAAAAGGCAAGGAAGUCAGAAAAGACAGUACGAGCCUUGGUCCGCGUAGGCCAGGCAGUGAAUCUGGCCGUAGAGCGCUUUGUCACAGUGGGUGAAGCCAUUGCUGCAGAAAACACCGAAAUCAAGAAUGAAAUGUGUGAAGCUUGUAAAGAGGCAUGUCUGGCAGGUGCAGCCAUUCAGCAGCUAACAGACAUAGCUGUGGAUGAGACUGGACAGCCUAGGUCUCUCACAGAGAAGACCUCUAUGGUACGAGCAGCCAGACAACUCCUGUCUGCCAUUACACGAGUCCUGAUCUUGGCUGACAGAGUGGUCAUCAAACAGAUAGUAGACACUAAGGAAAAGGUGACCAGAAGCCUAGACCGACUAGAGUCAGUGACCAGUUUUACAGAGUUUGUCAAGUUGUUCAGCCAGUUUGGUAAUGAAAUGGUGGAACUUGCCCAUGUCACAGGAGACAGACAGAAUGAUCUUAAGAAUGACAAACAGAGAGCUCAGAUGGCUGUAGCCAGAUCCAUUCUUGAAAAAUCCACCAUGAUGCUCCUUACCGCCUCAAAGACCUGUUUAAGGCACCCAGACUGUGAGUCAGCCAGAAAAAACAGGGACUGUGUGUUCCGUCAGAUGUACAAAGCCCUGGACUUUGUCCAGCAAAUAGUAUGUGAUGUCCCACCAUCUAAUGUGCAACUGUCCCAAUCCCAGCUCAAUGGAGACUCAGGAAUAGGACUCUCCCAGCAACAGAUUACAGCUCACAAAGCUUUGAGGGAGUUUGAAGAUCUUCUAGAGAUGAGUCGUGUCACCCUCAUUGAUAGCAGCAUGCAAGAGAAGAUGCCCAGUGCCUUAGAAACAGUGAUCGAGACAGCACAGGAUUUCACAGACUCUGCCUAUACUUCCCAUGAACACAGGGAGAAGAUUGUACAGUUGUGUGAAAAAGCAAGACUAGAGCUAGAUAUAUUAUUGAGGAUUGGAGGGGCACUGAAUGAUCGUGAUAGUUCUCCCAAUCAAGAGCUGGAGACUGCAAUUAUCAGGACAGGGACAGUGGCCAAAUCAUUGAGAAAACAGCUGCAAGAAACAGCUAUGGAUCAAGCUUCGGAGGUUUUCCACAGCAAUGAAGAACAGGAACUGUUCACAGCACUGAGGAAUGCUGGGAGUAAUGGAGAGAAAGGGGCCGUGGAUGAGGUGUCUGUAAAGUUUGAGGAACACUCUGAACAGCUACAAGAGGUUUGCAAGCUGCUGCGUCAUGUGGCUGGAACUGAAGCAUUGAUGACCACUGCAGAAUACAUAGAAAACAAUCUGAAGUAUCUGGGACCUCAGACAAUCCUGUCUGCCCAGACACUGGCUAUGUACCCUGCUAGUAAGAUAGCCAGGGAGAACGUAGACGUCUUCACAGAUGCCUGGGAGGCCCAGAUCAAUGAGCUCUCGGCCCUGGUCAAGGAUAUUAAUGAUGUGUAUCAGGGCAGGGCAGAUAGGCAGGUGUAUAUGUCACUGCCAAGGCCAGGGAUACCUUCCCCAACUAAUGUCAGUAAACAUGGAACCACCUUAAAGAGCCCAAAGCCAGUGAAACUAAAUGCGGAGGAGCAAGCCAAGAUAGCAAAGCUAGGUCUAGAAAUGAAGUUAAUCACAUCGGAAAUGGAUGCUGAGACAGAAAAAUGGGAGGAACCAGACAAUGAUAUCGUGAAACGUGCCAAAAACAUGUCCAGCAUGGCAUUUUCUAUGUACUUGUUCACUCGGGGGGAGGGUCCUCUCAGGACCACGCAAGACCUCUUCACCCAGGCUGAGUAUUUUGCAGAAGAAGGGAAUAAGUUGUAUAAGACUGUGAAGGAGUUUGCACAAAAGAUUCCAGUUGGUGGACAGAGGUCAGAAUUGGUGGCAUAUUUAGACAAAAUCCCAACGUUUUGUCAGCAACUCCAUUUUACCAUCAAGUCUCCCACUGUUGGCAAGACGGCUACAUUUAAUAAGGUGGACAGUGCAAUUCAAGAAACAAAGAACCUCAUGAAUGCUGUGUCCAAAGUUGUCACGACAUGCUUCAUAUGUUCAACAAAGUAUAACAUAGAUUAUCAUGGUUCGCCAUCAGUGACUCAUAAAUGGAGAACACCUCCUCAGCUGGAUAUUCGCAGCAAUGGGAGCGACACAGAGUCUGUGAAGAGUGACGGAGCAGUAAUGAAAAGCACAUCCUUUCAAAAACAUGUUGCAAGCAUGAAUGCUUUUGAGCAACUCUGAAAGCUUCACCCAGGCAAUAUCAUAGGUGGUACUUUAAGCAUGAAUACAUAUUAACUACUGUUGAAAGCUUCAGCCUGAAAAAAGUUUAGGUGGCACUUCCAUAUGAGGGUUAUAUUCACGACACCCUUUGACCCACUUUUCAUACUUUUUUGAAGAAAUAUUAUAUGCUGUACACUGAGUGAUACCAAAAUUUUAAGGUGCGUGUGCUAUAAUAUUUGUAAGAUACAAAUCUCCAGCUAGCAAUGAGUAUAAAUUGCCAAUGAAAUAUUAUUAAGUAGAUGAUCUACAAAUGGUGUCUGAAUGCAAAUAAGAUAAAUGAAGGUCAUGGGGUGCAAUAUUUAUCCCUAUUAAAGUUUCAGUGCAGUGUUGCAUCCAAUAAACUACUCAAUACAUGGGCACUGUUUUCUUGGCUGUCACCAAGAAAAUGGAAAUGAACUCCUCUGCGGUGACUAAACCAUUUAACUUAUGUGGUUGGCAGAUCAAGGAUGCAGUGAACAGUUGCUGUUUGUUGCUCACACCAGUGAACAGAAAGUAAUGCCAGAAAAAAAAAAAAGCUAAAAAGCUGACUGCUUAUUUUGAACACUUAAACAAUUGCAUGGCCAGCACAGUGUCAGCUACAGCUUGGUGUGAAUAUGUGGUACAUGUACAGUCUGCUUUGGGGGGAAAAUGUAUCCAUGAUCCAUCUCAUCUUUAAAGGUGGUGGAUUUCAACAGGGUGCAACCGGAAGCUGUAAUCAAUUUUUAAAGGAAAUGGAUCUUGAUUGUUGCGAAACUGAAUAACAUUUUUUUUAAUACUUGUGUUCUUGAAACAUGAUGCAUGUGCAAAACAGUACAGUGGUUUGCAUUUCACACUUACCUCUUUAUAUAACAAAUGUGACAAGGAUGAAGUUGUUUUUAUAAAUAUACAAAUUUUGAAACAAAAGGCAAAAAGGAAAUAUAGUCAAGUUUACCUCAACACAACAAAGAAUUAAAAUAUUGUGAAUGGUGAUUCCUUAAAGAUGCAUUUGUAUGUGUAUGGAAUAUUAGCUCUCACAUUAAUUUUGUGCUGUUGUAGUAAUCUUUUUACCUGUAGAAAAUUGAUAGGAAGUAUUUUAAAGGGACAGUUUAUUCAAUUUGAGACAGGGAAAUCAAUUGCAAGCAUUCUAAAUCUUUUAAAAGCAUUUUUAAAUAACUUGUUGAUCAUGGCUCUGUUGAUCUGUAGAUGAAGUUACCAAUGCCUUUUUUCUUGAGUUUGCUGCUUAUGUGACAAGCAGACAAGUAAGUAGGUAAAUAAUAUCCCUUUAAGUGCAAGAAUAAUUAUUACACUACUUUGAAACAUAUAACUUGCAUUUGCAACCUUAGCACAAGCAGUUUUGAAAAGAGUUUUUGUUACUUUAAUAUGGCUGUUUUAGAGUUGUGUUGACACCUUUUCUAUCUAGUUCUGUCAUGGUGAAAUAUGAAAGUAUAGGCAGUUCAAGGGUCAGCAAUCCUUACAUUUAAAACUCAGAAGACAGUAUUUCUACUCAAGGAUAUAUAGAUAAUUGUUUUAGUAAUGAUCAUAAUUAGUCAAGUUUUUAAUUUACUAAUUGAAGAAUUCCAUGAUAAUCAUACUCCAGUAAUAUUUUAAUUCAGGCCUCUGUUUUGGUUGUCUUGGUUAGUAAAUUUGAAGAGUUAAAUGUUUAACUUAAAGAUAAUAGCUUGAUGCAAAGUUAAUAUUUAGUUAAUUGCUCUCUGCCUGAGCUUAUGCAUAAUAAUAAAAUGUAGUUAUUCAGUCAAGCAAAGCCCUUUAAUUUUUGACAUGCACCUUGUUACCAAAAUUUUUUAGUUUCCAUAUAUGAACUCCCAGAUUGUUCCCAUUUUUCAUGUUUGACUUGCCAUUGAAAUUCAUACCACAUAAUUCCAACUGGCUAGGUUGAUAUUUUUUGUUAUAGUUUUAAAGUAUGAAGCAUUGUUGAUUGGUUGCUACUUAGGCUUUUUUUAACCACCAGCAAUUCUGAUUAGAUGAAAAAUCAGAUGUGAGGGUUAGAUUGAUUAUCAUUUUCACCCUCAGCAGUGGGUUUUAGUUUAAGCCUAAUCUUCGUUGCCUCAGUUGGCUCAUUUUGUACACAAUGUAAAUAAUUUAGUUAUCCAUGUAAUUAUAAUUUUUCAUCUAAUACAUACCAAGUGUUUCCACAGCAAAGUUUCUAGAGCAGUUCCAAUUUUUGCUCACAUGUUACUUAACAUAUUUAAUUUUACUUGUCAUUAUCAUCAGUUUAGUAAAAUAUCAUGUUUAUUUGUGAUUUUAGUACUUGAAAAGUAGGUUAAAAAAUUAGAUCCGAUUUUUUUGUGCUGUAGAUGUGAGACAAGAAUUAUAUAUUUGAAUUUCAAAUUCUUCAGUCCAAUAUUGUAAUAAGAAAGUAAAAAUGGUUCGGAUUUCAUAUUUUAACAUUAAGCCAUAUUUCUUUUCAUGUAGAUAUCAUUUAAUUGAGUUUAAGUUCAAAUGAAAUUUUAGUAAAUCUAGUCAUUUUAAUUAUUUAUAAAUUUUGUAGGUGCUAUACACUCCAAUACUGGAGCUAUUGAUUUUAAGUAUUACAAUAUAAUAGCAUUUUAAAUAUAAAAUAUUAUGUUAAAUAUGAAUUGCAUAUCAGCAUAUAUUUAUUACUUUUAAGAUGCACUAAAAUAUUACCUGAAUUGAAUUUGAUUUUAUUCCAGCUAUAUUUCAACUAGAUUUUUCAUAUGCAACUUUGCAUUUCAAGUAUUUUAUAAUUAUCAAAGACUGCAUGCCCAGGCCUACCCAACUACCAGAUACAUAAGGAUCCUGAAUUACCC